AUGAUGAGCCGUGCUCGAUCGUCUUUGUUCCUAGCACCAAAUCUUUCCUCCCUACGGACUGAACUUUCAUCUCAGGAAAGAACAGGAGGAGCCAAGAAAGAAGAGAAUCCUUACUCCAGCAUCAUAGGCGGUAUUUAUUCUGAGAUAAACAUAAGGGUCUUCUCCUAUGCUGAGUUAAGAUCUGCCACAGACAACUUCAACCGAACGAACAAAGUAGGUCGAGGUGGCUUCGGUACAGUUUAUAAGGGAACCAUUCGAAAUGGGCGAGAGGUCGCGGUAAAAGUUCUUUCUGCUGAAUCCAGUCAGGGCAUCAGAGAAUUCUUGACAGAAAUUGAUGUCAUUACUAACGUGAAGCAUCCCAACCUUGUUGAAUUAAUUGGCUGUUGCGUUGAAGGAAAUAACAGGAUUUUGGUAUAUGAAUAUCUUAAAAACAGCAGUCUUGACCGUGCACUGUUGGGUUCUAACAGUGAGCCCGCUGACUUCACCUGGAGCAUAAGAUCUGCUAUAUGCCUUGGAGUUGCUCGAGGCCUUGCUUACCUGCAUGAAGAGAUCGCAUCACCAAUUGUACACAGAGACAUCAAGGCUAGCAAUAUACUACUUGACAAAAAUUACGUCCCCAAGAUCGGGGAUUUUGGUCUGGCCAAGCUAUUUCCUGAUAAUGUCACCCAUAUCAGCACCCGAGUAGCUGGAACAACAGGCUACCUUGCACCUGAAUAUGCAUGGCAUGGCCAGCUAACCAAGAAAGCGGAUAUAUACAGUUUUGGUAUCCUUGUCCUGGAGAUAGUGAGUGGCACAAGUAGUUCCAGGAGCAUACUGAUGGAUGACAAGGUUCUCCUAGAGAAGCCUAACUCUGAACAUUCACAGCAGACAUGGGAGCUAUAUGAAGCAAAGAGGCUCAAGGAACUGGUGGAUCCAGCCCUUGUAGAUUACCCUGAGGAAGAAGUCAUCAGGCCGACGAUGUCCCAGGUUGUGACCAUGCUGUCCAAGCCCAUCCGGAUCAACGAGAGCGAGCUGACGGCGCCAGGUUACCUCCACGAGAACAGCAGGAGGAGCCCCGGGUCCGAGGCCACCGUUUCCAGCAACUACAGGUUCAAGAACUCGGCGUCCGAGGAUUCCAACAUGUUCAGCACGGUUGUGCCACCAACGGUGACUGAGAUGAGCCCCAGGUGA